GAAGAGACGAAGACAGAGCGGUUUCGGCCGCGUUGUCGACCUCGAGCAGUACUCGGCUUCUUCACGUAGAAUCCGGGAGUAGGAGACUCAGAAUCGAAUCUCUUCUCCCUCCCCCCUCCUGUGAGAUUUUUUUGAUCUUCAGCUACAUUAUUUCGCUUUGUGAAGAACCUUAUCAUCAAACGCAAUGGCUAGCAAUGUUACCAACAAGACAGACCCUCGCUCCAUGAACUCCCGUGUAUUCAUUGGGAAUCUCAACACUCUUGUGGUGAAGAAGUCUGAUGUGGAAGCAAUUUUCUCGAAGUAUGGCAAAAUUGUGGGCUGCUCUGUUCACAAGGGCUUUGCCUUUGUUCAGUAUGUUAAUGAGAGAAAUGCCCGGGCUGCUGUAGCAGGAGAGGAUGGCAGAAUGAUUGCUGGCCAAGUUUUAGAUAUUAAUCUGGCUGCAGAGCCAAAAGUGAAUCAAGGAAAAGCAGGUGUGAAACGAUCUGCAGUGGAGAUGUACGGGUCAGUACCAGAACACCCUUCUCCGUCCCCUCUACUCAGCUCCUCUUUUGACUUGGACUAUGACUUUCAACGGGAUUAUUAUGACAGGAUGUACAGUUACCCAGCCCGUGUUCCUCCUCCUCCUCCUAUUGCUCGGGCUGUGGUGCCCUCAAAACGCCAGCGUGUAUCAGGAAACACCUCACGAAGGGGGAAAAGUGGCUUCAAUUCUAAGAGUGGACAGCGAGGUUCUUCUUCCAAGUCUGGAAAGUUGAAAGGAGAUGACCUUCAGGCCAUUAAGAAGGAGUUGACCCAGAUAAAACAAAAAGUGGAUUCUUUACUGGAAAACCUGGAAAAAAUUGAAAAGGAGCAGAGCAAACAAGCAGCAGUAGAGCUGAAGAAUGAUAAAUCAGAAGAGGAGCAGAGCAGCAGCUCCCUGAAGAAAGAUGAGACUAAUGUGAAGAUGGAGUCUGAGGGGGGUGCUGAUGACUCUGCUGAGGAGGGUGACCUCCUAGAUGAUGAUGAUAAUGAAGAUCGGGGAGAAGACCAGCUGGAGCUGAUCAAGGAUGAUGAAAAAGAGCCUGAGGAAGGAGAGGAUGACAGAGACAGCGCCAAUGGCGAGGAUGACUCUUAAGCACAUAGUGGGGUUUAGAAAUCUUACCCCAUUAUUUCUUUACCUAGGCGCUUGUGUAGAUCAAAAUUCUCACCAGAUCCUCUCCCCCUAGUAUCUUCACCACAUGCUCACUGUUGUCCCUAUCCUUGUCCUUCCCAUGUUCAUUAAUUCAUAUUGCCCUGCGCCUAGUCCCAUUUUCACUUCCUUUGAUGCUCCUAGUAGUUUUGUUAAGUCUUACCCUGUAAUGUUUUGCUUUUAAUUUUGAUACCUCUUUAUGACUUAACAAUAAAAAGCAUGUAUGGUUUUUA